AUGGAUGGAUACCCGUAUACAUGGGAAAAGGGGAAGGGGAUGGUUAAUUGGCUUGAGGAGAGGCUUGACAAGGUCUUAGUAACUGAGGAAUGGCGCAACAUAGUUGAGAGGGCCAGGGUGUCAAAUUUGAGAACUCGAAAAUCUGAUCAUUCGAUUCUCUUUCUGGGAAUUCAUGAGUCCUUAGGGAGGAAUGGGGUUGGUAAGAGGGGAUUUCAAUUUGAGAUGGCAUGGUUGUAUGAUGAGGGGUGUAGGGAGGUGGUUCAGCAGUCAUGGCAGGAAGGACGGGGACAGGGUUUGCAGGGCUGUAUUGAAUACUGUGGAGAUCGGUUAACACGAUGGGGUGGAGACCGGUACCACAAAUAUGGCAAACAGAUUAAUGACCUAAACAAGGAGCAGCAACGGUUGAGGGGAUGUACUGAUCCGGCCUCACUUGCCGAGUUUCAGCGCUUAGAACAGCUUCUAAGUCGCACUGAAGCCCAGGAGGAUGCUUACUGA